AUGGAAUCCUCCAACGUAAUCGCCUGGCUGCUCCCAUCCUCCACAAACCAACCAGCCCUCGAAACAAUUCGCAUGCCCCAAAACGCAUCCCGAAUCGUCUCCACGAUCCCCUCUUCCUACGAACCCAUCAUCCAAACACCAAACCCAAACCAGCUCCCGCCCACCACACCAACGAUCGAUCCCUCCCUCCUCACCAAAUCCUCCUCCCUCGAAGCAUCGCCCACCAAACCCCGCCCAGCCCUCUCUCUAACCUUCACAUCACCACCCAAAUCCAACCCAGGCUUCAUCCUCGGCACCGACCCCUCUCUCGCAGACAUCCUCCUCCCUUCCCUCCCGGGCAUCGCCCCGGCCCACUGCCACAUCACCUUCGACGCCUCCCACCGCCUCGUUCUCAUCGACACCUCGCAGACCGGCACAGCCGUCUGGUACGACGACGCCAGCACCGGCGACCGCACCCGCGAGUCCUGGGUCCUCAGCGCAGGCAGCACCUAUGGCUUCCCCUCCAUGGUCGACCGCGUCGUAAUCGACAUCCAAACCGUGCGCUUCCAAAUCAUCAUCAACGAAGCGCACGUCCUCCGGCCGGAGAUCUACGCCAAGAACGUCGAGACCUUCAUGUCAAGCCUCGAAAGCGCCAGCAUGGUCGCAGAGGCAGCAGCGGCAGCGGCAGCAGCAGACGUCUGCGACUUUUACUACAACUUCAACUUUGACCUCGGCUUCGACCUCGACUACGACUGCGACUACGACUUCGACUACGACAUGUCAGACGACGAAAUGGUAGACGACGUCGCCGACGAGGACAAGAUGGAUAUCCUCCCGCCCAUCCCUUCCGUCGUGCCGCCCGCGUAUGUGAAGUACCUGCUCACCUCGGACGACGGGGCACCGCCAGAGACGUAUCUUUGGAACACGGCGCGGCCUUGGGAGCCGAUGGUCAAGGUUGCUUGCUGA